UUUUCACACUUCACACUCUCACGCUCUCUCUCUCUCUCUCUCUCUCUUGCACGGCGAGGGGUUGAGCCGACCAACGGCGGCGCCGCCGGCUUCCUAGCGGCGGUGUCCGGCGAGCGGCGGGGAGAGUGGGGGCGUUGGAGGUCCGGGCAGAUAGCUCAGCGGAACGGGGGGGGGGGCGAUCGAGCGCGCCUCGUACGUUCUCCUCCCUCCUGCAGCCAUGGCGGCGAGCGGCGAGGGUGUCGGCGACCCGGCGGCUGCGGCGGCGGCGGCGGCGCGGAGGCGGUGGGAUCUGACGAACAAGGGGGGCGAGAGCAUUCCAAUGGUGAAAGAGGCUGUGGAAAUGUCCACAGAUGAAGAAUCGGACGGGGUUGUUAUAUGCCCACCAGAUGGCAACAAUGACGAACGGGAGGAAGUUAUUAUUAGUAGUAAUCAGGAUGAUUGCCAGGAAGAUGAAGUAAAUUGUGUCAACGACCCAAAUAUAGAUGGUGAAACCCAGGAAGACAAGUGUGUAAACCAAGAUUCACUCAAGUUGAUAGUUCAAGAGAAGUCUGCUCCACCCAAAUCACCAAAUAAACCUGCUAUUUCUGGGUCAGAUAGGUCUAAACGUACUGUUCCUCAACCAUUUGCCCUUUCUUCUCAAAGAAAAUCUCAUGGAGGAGGAAAUGGUAAGAUGACUCAUCCAUCUAGCAAUGGAGAUAAUUCUGGUGAUAAAAACAACUCCUCUCCAGCAAGUUUGACAAAGAAGGCUGCACCAAUUACUCCCAAAAAGACUGCACAGCCUGAUCAUGCGUUUCACCCUCAAGAGGAGGACUCGUGCUCUGUGACUACUUCAACCACAACCUCGACAAGAGCUGGCAAAACCAAAGCAACUGUUGCUGUUGCCCCUUCAUUUGUAUGUGCUGAUCGUGCUGAUAAGAGAAAGGAGUUCUACACAAAAUUAGAAGAGAAACACAAGGCUCUGGAAGCUGAGAAGAAUGAGGCUGAGGCCCGGAAAAAGGAAGAGCAAGAAACAGCUUUAAAACAACUAAGGAAGUCUUUAGUCAUCAGGGCAAAGCCCAUGCCGAGCUUCUACCAAGAAGGCCCUCCUCCAAAGGCUGAACUUAAGAAGGUCCCUCCAACUCGUGCUAAAUCGCCGAAGUUUACAAGGAGAAGGAGCUGCAGUGAUGCAUCGCCAACACCACAGGGAGCAAAUACCACCGCAGCAUCUAAUCGAUCACAUCGUCACAGCAUUGCGAAUCCUAAAGAUGCUAGCAGAGUGCAAUGCUCGCCAAAAAACGGUGUUGCCGCCAAAACUAGAGCUGUGAAACCUGUGAGCUGAAGGCCUGCCGAAAAUCAUAUAGAUCAUCCAAGGCGCUGAUAAUGUCGCUGUACAAACCUAACUGUAGCCGUUUCUCGGUUUCAUGGCAUUUCGCAUUUGAUUUAUACCUCAUCACCAAAAGAAGGCCACUGUGCCGAGGACGGUGUGUUUGCUGCCGAACCAUUUCCUUACUUAUUUUCGUGUUCAUUGUGUAAGAACUCUGUUAUUCUGUUGCUGGGACCAUGUACCGUGUUCCAUGUUGUAAAUGGCCUAGGGUUUCUGUCAGAACUCAGAAGGAAGACGCUCAGUCCUUUUAA